GGAAAAGUCCACGAAAGGUUGUGGGUCCGUUUGCUGUUCCACCGCAACUUUCGCUCUCUGGACAGGCGUGAAAGAUGCGCGUUUAGGACCCUGAGGCGAGUAUUUGAUACGCUCGAUGUGCACCAGGCCAUCACUGCGCUGUGAAAUCAGUCACUGCAUUACAUCCUGAUAUACGGAACUUAAGAAUCAGUUUCUGGGUGAGCAAACAGCAGCCGACGCAAUGAGAGAACUACAUUUCAAGGAUAGUUUUUGGAACACUGAUAUCAACAGCACAGCUGGAUAUGACAACAUCAUCCAGCACUUGAAUGACGGCAAGAGGACGUGCAAAGAAAUCGAGGACUUCAUGAAAGCCAGAGCUGCGAUAGAAGAGAAAUAUGCCAAGGAACUGCUGGGUUUGUCUAAGAAAGUGUGUGGACACAGUGAAAUGAACACCCUGAAGCGAUCACUUGACGUUUUCAAAUUACAAACAGAAAAUGUGAGUUUGUCUCAUCUGCAUUUGGCCCAAACCAUGAGGGAGGAAGCCAAAAAAUUAGAAGACUUCAGAGAGAAACAGAAAGAGGCCCGGAAGAAGAUAGAACAGCAGAUGGACGCUCUUCAUAAGCAGAAGGCCGCUCAAUAUAAGAAAACAGCUGAGGCAAAGAAGACCUAUGAUCAAAAGUGUCGAGAUAAAGAGGAAGCAGAGCAGAACAUGAACAGAAACGCCACCACUAGCAGCUCCAAGCAACAAGAAAAGCUGUAUGCCAAAACACAGCAAGCCAAGCAGACAGCAGAGGAAGCGGACAGGAUAUACAGUCAGAAUGUGUCUGUGCUGGGGAAGAUGAGAGAGGAGUGGCUGAAAGAGCAUGUCAAAGCAUGUGAGUUUUUUGAGAAACAGGAAGUGGAGAGGAUCAACAUGCUGAGGAAUGUAGUGUGGACCCAUCUCAACCAUCUCUCCCAGCAGUGUGUCACCAGCGACGAGCUCUAUGAGGAAGUGAGGAAGUCACUGGAGCAAUGUAACAUUCAAGAAGACCUUGAGCAUUUUAUCAACCUCAGAAGAACCGGAGACAAACCGCCAGCACCUGUUCCAUAUGAGAACUUCUACAAUAAUCAGAGAGCGGCUGCCUCACUUCCAACAGUUUUCAGGAGAGCAGCAGCACCUCCACCACCAACUCCAGAAAAUGAUCCUUUAUACUCAACUGUAGCAGAACCAGGGUACAGCUUAAUACGAUACUAACAAGAACGUAACUCGUUUUCGCAAACCCUUCUGCUGCUCAGUGAAGGCAUUUUUUCAUCAAGGGCUGAAAAGCACAUUGGUUAUCUUCUAAUGCUGUUGCCAGCUUCCUCAUACUCUCUGGUGGGAAUAUAUUUGUAGCCUGGCAUGAAGGGGUAUUCUUAUCUCUGUGUAAAAAGCAUUUUUAACUUGCCAACCUAAAAUCCACCCUAGCAAACAGAGUGAGCUUUGACACUAUUGAAUAGUGAUAAAAAGUUUAAUCUUGAAGUUCUCACUACAUUGAUAACAUCAUCAAAACAACAUUGUAUAAAUCUACUUUAAUUACUAUAAAAAAAAAAAAAAGAUCGACUAUUAUAGAUUAAGGAAUUUAAAGGUGGAGUGUAUCACAUUGCACCACUAGUGCCACCAAAUGAAAUUGCAGUUUGAGCAGCUUGACUGGUCUCAACCAAUGGUGUGAGUUUGGGGGCGGGACAACCAUUUUGGCCAGCCAAUGGAAGACAGGAGGGGACUAUUUUAGUCAUUAUUGUUAAAUUUCCGUUUGUUACAGCUAGUGGUACACACUUCACCUUUAAGGCCAGCUUUAAAAGGCCACAAAAAAUAUAAUUUAUUUCAAAUGUAAUAUUCUAGACACUGUCAAUACACAGUCCUGCACCACUGGAUACAUUUCUUUAAUAAAUGUAUAUAUUAUUUGA